AUGAAGAUCGGAGAGGUGCUUAGAGAGGCAGGCGAGUGUCAGCUGGUGGUCCAUCUCUCCAUCGAGUCCACCCACCCUCAUCCCACCCUUUUCCCCAGAUAUCACAAAACAAUGUCAGCCCUACGGAUAUUGGUGCCCGUCAAGCGGGUUAUUGACUAUGCGGUCAAGCCGAGAGUCAACAAGGCCCAGACGGGCGUCGAGACGGCCGGUGUCAAGCACAGCAUGAACCCCUUCGACGAGCUCUCGGUCGAAGAGAGCGUGCGCAUCCGUGAGGGCAAGAAGACCCCCGUCGAGGACAUCUGCGUCAUCAGCGCCGGCCCGACCAAGGCCCAGGACAUUCUGCGCACCGCCAUGGCCAUGGGCGCCGACCGGGCCAUCCACGUCGAGACCAAGGAGGGCGAGGACCUCGAGCCCCUGGGCGUCGCCAAGCUGCUCAAGGCCGCCGCCGAGCAGAACAAGAGCAACCUGGUGAUCCUGGGCAAGCAGAGCAUCGACGACGACGCCGGCCAGACGGGCCAGAUGCUGGCCGGCCUGCUGGGCUGGGCGCAGGCUACCCAGGCGAGCAAGGUCGAGUUCACCGGCGGCGAUUCCGUGCAGGUGACGAGGGAGGUGGACGGUGGUGUCGAGACGCUCAAGGCCAAGCUGCCCAUGGUCAUCACGACCGACUUGCGCCUCAACGAGCCCAGGUACGCGAGCUUGCCCAACAUCAUGAAGGCCAAGAAGAAGCCGCUCGAGAAGAAGACGCUGGCGGAUUACGGUAUCACGGCGGAGAAGAGGCUCAAGACUAUCAAGGUCACCGAGCCUCCCCCAAGACAGGGUGGUGGCAAGGUCGAGGAUGUGGAUGGCUUGGUCUCGAAGCUCAAGGAGCUUGGUGCUCUUUAA